UUCUCUAUCUAUAGACUCAGAGAAGCCGAGGGCUUCGGAGAACGAGCAUAGCGUGGAUAAACUGUUGGGGGAAAAGAGAAUUAAAAGUAGUUCAUACUGAGGAGAAGACUAUAUUCAUGGAUGGCAGGAAUUGGAGAAGCACACACCUAGAUGUGUGACAGACUGAAAAAUGGAAUUUCGUCACAGGGAACGGAAAAUACUGAGGAUUGUUAGAAUACUUUGAGCUGCCUUUAGGGUACAAAAAAUAAACUCCAGAAGGAUCAGAAGUUUCUGUGGAUGGAGGGGUCAGGCAGUCCUCGUGUCAGAAAGCUCCACUUCCCAGUAGGUCUUUGGAUCAAUUCCCCCAGGAAACAUUUUGCAAAGCUGGGGCGUCGCUGGCCCAGCGCUGUCUCUGUCAAGUCGACCACCAGCUCUGACGCGGCCUCACUUCACGAGGCGCCCUCCAUUCCUUCCUCUUCCCUGUCUAACUCCACUCCCUCGCUGGCUUCCCCAAACCCGUCGCCGUCUCCUUCCCCGGCCUUCCUCAGGCCUCGGCCGGCUGCGCCCCAGUCGCGCGCCAAGCGCCUUUCCCACCUCUUCCUACGGGGGCGCUCCAACAGCGACCGAGACCGAGCGGUGGGGGAGAGGGAGCGAGAGCUUUGGGCCCACUCGGCGGCCUCCUCCUCUCACCACUAUGUGCCCCCGGCCACUUCUUCUGCUCCGGGCCUGAUCAAGAUCUAUGGAGAUGCUCUAUCCAGUGGCGCUAACUAUCGCUCCCUGCUGGCCAACACUCACUCUACGGCCAGUCAGCUCAUCGCUCAGGUCAUCACUCGCUACACAGAGAGAGAGCGGGAGGAGACAGAUGAUGCAGUUAUCCAGAAACACAUCCCUGAGGACUUCCUUCUGUGUGAUGUAAUCGGAAAGCCCAUCCAGCAGCCAGAUGGAGCUAUCAAGUGGGAGACGGAGUGUCGGAGAAAUGUAGCCCCAUGGGAGUGCCCCUUGUUGUUGGCGGACAUGUGGCGGCCCAAGGAUGGAUUCGAGCGGCGGUUUGAAAUUCAGAGGAAGGAAGACUACGAACGAGAGGAGAGGGAGCGGGAGAGGGAAGGAGAGAGCUAUCAAGGUGUGCGCUGGAGGCGAAGCAGGAUGUCGUCAGGGGGCGCAGCGGAGGAGGGCGAGCGUGGCCACCGCGGAAGGAACUCGGAGCUCAGGAGGAGCAUCAGUGACAUGAACCUCAGCCUGAGGCGCCGCCAAGGCAACCACGUGACCAACGACCCGCGUGGAGGUGGCAGCCGGCCCGCCAACAACAACGGAGCGGUGCAGGACAGGAAAAACAUUGUGAGCAUGAUCAACCCGCUGCAAGGAGAGAUUAGAGCAUCAAAGGCAGAGGCAAAGGUCGGCUGGACGCACCAGCAGCCAGAGGAGGAGAAGGACUACUCCAGCUGUGACCUGGAGAUGAUGUCCCAAAGUUUGAUCCUUCCACCUACGGACCGGCCCUACUUCUUGUUGCUGCAGGGUUACGACCAGAGCAAGGAUUUUGUUUUGUACAUUAUGGCGGGACAUACGCACGUGUUUGGGAGAAAACCCACGAUGAGGGAACGGGAGAAGGACAAAGAAAGAGAGAGGAAGGGGAAGAAGCCCCUCAAGGUGGACACAUUCCUGUCUGCACCUGACCUCUUGGCCAGACACUUACUUGUGAGGAGGGAUUCUGCUGUUCCCGAGACCCCCACUGGGCGAGCCUUGAUCCGUCCUUUCCGAGGAGGUGGCGUCACACACAACGGGGUGGCUCUUUACAGGGAGACAGUCCUAAACCCCGGCGAUAUCAUCGGUCUCGGGAACCACUUCCUCUUCUUGUACCGCGACCCCCGAGUCACCCCGGCUCCUCCGUUGGCAUUGACGCUGCCGUGGCACUCGGACGGCUCGCAUCCAUGCUGCUCCUCGGGGUUGGCGGACAAGCAGGAGGCGCUGAGGCACUAUCUAGGAUCCACAGAGUCUGUUCUGAAGUUCCAUCCUCGGCACGCUGAUGGCUUGUUGCAGGAGAUACUGUCGAAAAACUCCUCUCCCGACUCCGGAGGAGGGCCUUUGGCGCCGGCGUAUCUGCUGUCAAUCAUGAUCGACCACGCGUCCAAGUGCCUCGAUCCUGCGCUCACGCCGCAGAUAUUGCUCAAGGCGGCCAAUCAGAUCAAAGAAAUUGUGUGGGAUAACAUUAAGGAAUUUGGGGAUAAGCAUCCCACGCAAAAUUCCAGUGAGCCAGAAAUCGAGAUUAGCACAGCCAAUGUCCAGAAGUUGUCAUCGGACCUUAGACCCUUGAUGUUCUGGAUGUCCAACGCCACUGAGCUCCUCAACUUCUUCCAGGUUAAAGUGGAAGUCAUGGAGAAAGAGUGGGAAUUUGAAGCCCCAGGAGAUCCGGUGUUGACUGCCGACAUGGACACAUGCUCAGAAGCUCUCGCUCAACUCGACGACGUCAUCAUGCACACCUUCCAGCAGUGCGUCUAUCACCUAACAAAGACCCUCUACUCCCUCCUUCCUGCGCUGCUGGACACCAACCCUUUCUCCAGCGAGGAGAAGGAGAAGGGAAAGGCUGGAGCACAGGGAGUGGAGGGAGAGGAGAAGGGAGAGGAAGAGGUGGACGACGUGUCCGCCCUGCCGGCCAAAGUGGCCGGGCUGGUGGAGGUGUAUCGCUCUUCCCUGAUUCUCUCCCGGGAAGCUUGCCUUUCCCCGCCGCUCACCUCCCAAACCUUCGGCUACCUCUUCUUCUUCACCAACACCUCUUUGCUCAACACCUUGUUGGAGAGAGAUGGACUCUUUUCUUGGUCCCGAGCUGUGCAGAUCCGUACAAACUUGGACUUGGUCCUGGACUGGCUCCAGGGGGCGGGACUUGGGGACAUUGCCUCCGAGUUCAUGAAGAAGCUGUCAGUCAUUGUCAACUUUUUAUGUAUUCCGAAAACCCGUCUCAUCCAGUCCUCCUGGAACAGUUUACAAGAGGAUCACGCCUUGUUAAGCCCUGCCCAACUGCACCACCUUCUCACUCAUUAUAAACUGGGACCAAGCAGAGCCCCCCCAGUCUCCUGGGCUCCCCCACCUGGCACGGAGCUAAGUGGAGACAUAUUUGAGAGCUUCCUGGACCACCCUCCUCUCAUCCUGCCAAACGAGACUCCUCGCCUUGACUUAUCUCAGCCGGUGCCGAGCUCGGACCUCCUGAAGGAAGUGACGCGUCUCCGCACCUUCUUGUGGGGCCUCGACCAGGACGAGCUCCCCGCCAAUCAAAGGACUCGGCUUUGAGUGAGCCUGGAGUUAGAUUUAUGGAUGUCGCAUCAAAUGAAACAAACAAACUUCACAACAUUUCCAUAUCAAUUCAUGUAUUAGAUAAGAUUUUUCAAAGUACAGUGAGAGGAAUGCAUUGUUUUUGUUCCCAAAAUGUACUUUAAAGUCUUUGGAACAAUGCUUUACAUGUCUGUCUGACUGAAUUGUAUCGAGUAAAAUUACUGGUUUUUAAUAAAAGUCU